AUGACUGUCCAGGCCCCUCCUGAACCCCAGCCCCAGAGACCACAAACUAUACGAGUUCAGGUACAGGAGCCUCAGCCUGCCCAGAUGUCAGAGCCUCAGCCUGCUGAGGCCCAGACAGUUGCACCCCAGUCAUCUCCCCAGGAGUCAACACCAACACCCGCACCCCCCACCACACCCCAUCUGGAUAUCCGCAGUGAUACCCCUCUCGACACACCUGGUCCCCCACCACCCACACCUGACCAAACCGAACCAGGUUAUAGCCAUGUCGAUGACCAGGGGAUGGAACGCCUCAUGGAUGGGACUGCCACAGACCCUACGUAUUACGGCAUCCGCCUCUUUGCAGAAAACCAAAAAAUACGAGUACUCUGA